AUGAUUACUGAUUACUUUCUUCACGUGUAUGAAAGGCCACAAUAUACACAUUUGAGUUCGUAUUGCUUGGGUAUGCUGAUUGGAUGUACAGUACGGAAGAAGAUUAAAAUAAAAUUUAGUAAAAUUUUCGUAACUUGUUGUUGGAUUGUAACUAGUAUUUUUCUGGGAUAUGUAUGUUUUGGUUUGCAUAGUUAUGUUACUGAUCCGUAUCCAAAUCAAAUACCUUUGCGUAUACAUCAAAUACUUUCACCAUUUCUGUGGAUUGCUUCGAUAAUUUGGAUACUUGUAGCAUGCUACACUGGACACGGAGGUAUUUUGAAUAAAUUUUUGUCUCUUGAUGCGUUUGUCAUAUUGGACCGUCUUGUGGCAUGGAUGUACAUUUUAAACAGCGUGAUAAUUCUUUACGUUAUUGGAGAAAUAAGAAGUCCUAUACCUAUGACAGAAAUUAAUUUGAUAUUGGAUUUUAUGAAACGCUUUGGAAAAAUGCCACUCGGAAUUUCUUUCGCCGGAUACUUUUUCGUAAAGAAGACAUUUUUCAUCAAGUUAGUCAAACUAUUAUAUUCCAUAUUCUCUUCGUUACUGCAAUUAAGAGGUGCCACCAAAACCAAAAAUUGUGUUGCUGAUUUAAAAAUUGCCACUAAUUUAAUAAAUGCUACUGUGGCCAUAAACGUCGAUUAUGUCACUUUAAUGGCCAUAAGCGUCGUUUACGUCACUUUGGUGGUUAUAGGCGUCGUUUAUUUAACUUUUGUGGCCAUAGGCAUCGUUUAUCUCACUUCUAUGUGCCUUUUCGGAGUUCUUUCCUAG